AGGGGAGCCAACGAACAUGACAAGCGCAGAUCUGGUUGACUUAUUUCCUUCUUGGUUGUGGUUAGUAGCCAGUCUUCAAAGAGUCUUUCUGAUGCACAACACAACCCAGGGGCCCAUGGGCGAAAUCGCGGCUAAGAUUGAUCGAUCCAUAAUAAGACGUCGGACACAUGGUUUUAAGCCUGCACUAUACCGGGCUAGCUUUUCUGUGGAUUGGGAUAUCAGGUCAUUUCUGACAGUGCAGUGUUGCAAUGACCGCCCUGAGGAGACCCUCGAUCAUGUUAUCACCUUGAGCGGUACACCCAAGGAUGGACAGGCUCUAGGAUGUGCGGAGUACUUGCGUCAGACAUGGCCGUCUGGCGGGGACUGCGUGCUAGCCCUUCUAAAGCACCUACUUGGGUUGCCUGAUGGACAGGGUUUAACCAGACCAAUAGACUUUACAGAAAGAGAUAGCGAGGUCACGGUGUCGGGCUUCAUCAGUGGCUCAUCACUGACUGUCAAUGUGCAUGGCUUGUGCGAAUCGAUCAUCCGGAUCGGACAGCAGCUGUGCUGGCUUGGAGCCGUCCUGAGACUAUCACCUAGGGAUGACCGGAUUGCAUAUUGCCAGCCGAUCUUGAGUGAGAUUGAGGGGGUUCCGGGUCAGAUACCGUUUACGAUCAAGUUUGAUAUUCGCCUGGAAUCCAGGGAAGAUCCAGCUGUCAAUGGAGAGUGCUGGCAGAAGUUAUUUAAGAAUCUGGUCAUUGCAAAGGGCUUCCCCGUUCGACGACAGGUCGUACAGCACACGGGCUUGGAGGCUCCGCUCAACGUGCUGGGACGUCUUGUACCCUCGCGGUGGGUGUCAACCUUUGACGGCAAGGUCUACAUCAAAGGCUAUUCCUCGGUCCUUGUCCCGACAAUGAUAAUAAGGGAUACUGUUGUCUGGCACCUGAUAAGCGACGAUGAAGGGCAGUACUUGUCAUACGUGGACUCCCGAAUUGAAGCCACCCCUGGGCUCUACCCUGAAACUCUGGACUGCAAUCUCGGUUCGUUCCGUCAUAUUGUGGGCUGGUGUGGCAAGGCGAAGACUCUUACAGGCUCACCGGACGCCAGUUAUGAUGUUGAAUGGUCCGGUUUGAACAAGGUCGAGAACGGAUGUGGUUUAGCGGGCGUGACCAUAUCGCGAGGCACUGCAAUUCCUAACCUCCAAGCUCCUGCCAUGGGUACCAAGGACAAGACUUUCGAUUCUGAUUUGGGUGAAUAUAUCGGACGUCUACAGUGGGCGGCAAGGAAGUACGUUGUUUUCUAUGACGUGGGAGGUAGGCGAGGCUGGCUUGUUGACGGAGCAACUGCUCUCCUACACCUGGUUCGCGCGUCCUUGAGAUUCAGUUCGGCCGAAGAUGUAACAGGCGAGUUUACGUUUGCUCCCAGCAAGUUGCAGGAAGCCCCCGAAAAUACGACUGCACGAUCUGCCUCAAUUGCGGUCCUCAAAUCUCCACACAAUCUGGGCUUGAGAUUAUAUCAAGCCAUGCACGAGACUUUUCUGGACAGGGUUGAAGCGAUCUAUCAUCUGCUAGAGAAGGUUCUUGCUCAUCAAGCACAAAUCGGAGUUCUCAGGCAGACGCGGAUUGACACUGGCCGGUGCCCCCAGGGCGUGCUGGAAGGCUUUGACUUUAUGGAUUUGGCGGGGGAUACCGAUAACUUCCGUGCUCGCAUGAUAGACCCAUCCAUCAGCUUGCCUAGAUGGCUUGUCCUCGCAGAAAACCUUGACGCACCUGUUCUAUUCGGUAGGGAGUUUGGAGACCUCCUUCAGCCGUGCGCCGUGCUCAACGUCUGCGAUUCGUGGACAACCGUGCCGUUAGAGAAGGACUACCUGGCGGUUCGGGUGGAUGAUAUUGCUGGGAUUAUGAGAAGAAAGGGAAACAACUUCUGGUCUCCAUGGCGAGUGGUCAACGGCAUUUACUGGCACUCCCCUGAUAUGCUUUUCGAAAACUGUCCCGAGCUUCGACAUAAGCCAGAGGAAAAGUGCAAUCAUGCCCAAGUAUUGGUGGCGGAAGAGGAGGCCCGGAGCUCGCGUGGCAAGAUUAUCAGUCCUGCUAGGCUGGAGCCCCAGGGUGCCGUCAUCUUCGAUGGCUCUCCGGUUUCUCCUCAGUCUUCCUCGAUAGAUGUGCCCUUGGUCUCGGCAUUGGCUGGCUCACAGAGCCCAGAUACUGACAGCGGGAUUAGUGUUGAAUACAGUCCCAAUUCAGCAGGUAAUUCCGGCACCACUACGUUUGCCAAAGGUAAACGUCCCAUGCACACCUUAGUCGCCCCGAGUGACCCUGACAAGCGACGUUGUCAUGGGCCCUCUGGGAUAUCCACCGGGGCAUUACGAUCGGAUGAUGUUGCGAGAUUUGAAGUGUCUUGUCCUGAUGGACCUGACUUGGAUCUCGAAAAGCCAAACCAGUCAGCUAAGUCAUCCACAGUAUGGACUCGGCGUGCAGUGAGAGGAUUGCAUAUCCCUGAGAUCGACAAUGAGGUGUUUGAUUCUACUCCUGGUGCGUACGCAGAUCAUGCUACCAUCGACCCAGAUGAUUACACAGUGGGAUGGAUCUGCGCAUUGCAUGUUGAACUCAACGCCGCCCAAAGAAUGCUGGAUCGAGUCCAUGCUCGAGGUUUCGGUCACGGCAUGGACUGCAACCUAUACAUUCUAGGGCAGAUUGGAAAGCUUAACGUCGUGCUGACCUGCCUGCCGAAGGGGCAGUAUGGAAACAACAUCGCAGCGGUGGUUGCUACGCGGAUGAUGAACAGGUUUCCCAGGAUUGAGAUUGGACUUAUGGUGGGCAUUGGGGGUGGCCUUCCGAGUCCGAAAAAUGAUAUCCGCCUGGGGGACGUGGUGGUGAGCAUCCCACAUCUGCAGUAUGGAGGCGUCGUUCAGUAUGACAUGGGGAAGUUCACCAAGGACGGGUUUGUCACCACGGGCUCUUUGAAGGCACCACCAGAAAAGCUGCUACACGUGCUUAAUUAUAUGUCUGCCCACGGCUUACCUAUAACGGGCGAACUUGAGCACGAAUACCCAGGUGCUGAACUCGAUCAACUCUUCGAAGCAUCCUACCCACAUGUCGGGGGCGAAACCUGUGAGGCAUGCGACAGGGAGCAAACAGUGCAGAGAAGUAUUCUCCGGGAUAGCACGACGCCGCAUGUCUUCUACGGCACUAUUGCAUCCGGAAACUCAGUAAUCAAGGAUCCAGGGAUCAGAGAGACAUUGAUCAAGAAACAUGACGUGUUGUGCUGCGAAAUGGAAGCUGCGGGGCUCAUGAACACCAGAUUCCCCUGCCUCGUUAUUCGCGGCAUCUCCGACUACGCCGAUUCGCAUAAAAAUGACAUUUGGAUUCCAUACGCGGCUGUCGCUGCCGCUCAAUAUGCGCGGGACCUGCUCCUUGCUAUGCCGGCGGCUAUUACGUUGUCCGACACCGUGGGCUGA